AGCUCAUGCGCGCAGGGGCCAGGUGUCGUCCUUUCCUCCGCUUUAAAGUCAAAAUCUGCCGAAAUUGUUUACUUAAUCGAUGCAGUAUAUCGCACGCCAGUUUGACUACGCCAAAAUCCGGGACUGAUCGUCUUAAGGGCCGGUUUUAUUAGCUCCGGUCAAAUCCGCUUGCUACGUAACCAGGAGAUGAGCUAUUAUUAUCCUGUUAAAAAAGAAAGAAAAAAAGAGAAAAAAGAAACCGCCCUAACACCCUUUGUCCGUCACUUAUAUAGUGUCACUUUUACCCCAUCGUCAAAGAGUUUUCUCCAAAAAAUUUAGGCUAGCUUGGGAUUAUUUACAAUAUCCAAUUGUUAGUCACGAAGUCUUACCACCGCCCCCGAUCGGGUGGUGCGCGGCAUAGCAGUGCUGUAUGCAGCGCUGAGAAAAGCUGAUUGUGAGUCGAAAACGCACAAUAAAGUCCCGGAAUAGGUGGACGAGGGGAAAGGGGAUGCAUCGGCGAGGGCAACGCUCGGACUCGGACCGCGAGGCCCUCGAAAGUCGAACGGGAGGGAGGCGUGAGCUGCGACCAACACCUGAUCAGAGGUAAACAUUAGCGGCGAGAUGCAUCACCAAGGUCAGGCGCCUGAUCACGAUUGAUUUGGCUGGACCGCGUCAGUCGAAGUUUGAAGCACCACACACCAACUAACACAUUCAAGGAAUCUACUUCGAAGUCAUUAUAAUGAAAUUCGAAUAGCUUGGUGUCUACUUCAGAUCGCCCUCACAAUGUGCCAAGAUAUAAUUACGACGGAAGUAACCGGUAGUGGAUCAGGUCCAACCGAAUUAUAUCCAGUAUUUAGCAGUAGUCCAGAAGCCGUAGUAGCAGAAGAAACGCUUCAAGAUGGCAGAGGAAAUCCUGUGAUAGUUCCUAAUGAUACUCGAGAUGCAUUAGCUCACGAUAGUAGUGACCAAAAUUCAGUUGUAUUUAUAGGCGAUACAUAUGUGCCAGUCUCAACUCAACUCAGAUCUCGUCCGAUCCCUUCGUCCGAUCCAAGUUUACUGGACUGGAGGCUUCAAACUGUGGAAGGCUGGGAUGAAAGGAGAGCCGGAAGUAAUAAGACUAGGGUACAACAUAUUGAGGCAGAAUGUCAAGACGACUACAUGAAGAUUCGAAUCGGUUUCAACGGCUCUUUUGGAGGCUUGUUAUACUCCUCUGGGUACUCAUACGACCCCGAUUGUGUUUACAUUAACGGAACUGGCAGAGACUACUAUGAGUUCUACAUCCAACUCAACCGGUGUGGUACCUUGGGCAAAAACUCUCGGCAGGAGGAUGCUCGGAAAAACCCAGCUAAAAACCUAAUGUGGAACACCGUGACAGUGCAGUAUAACCCACUCAUAGAGGAGGAGUGGGACGAACACUUUAAAGUGACGUGCGAGUACGGCUACGAUUUUUGGAAAACUGUGACAUUUCCUUUUCUCGACGUAGAAGUUGCUACCGGCAAUCCGGUUGUGUUUACCCUUUCACCGCCAGAGUGCUACAUGGAAAUUCGGUACGGGUAUGGAACAACUGGAAACAGAGUUGGAGGGCCGGUUCGAGUCGGAGAUCCAUUAACUUUGAUCAUAUAUAUGCGCAGUAAAUACGAUGGAUUUGACAUUGUUGUCAAUGAUUGCUAUGCUCACAAUGGUGCAAAUAAACGGAUACAACUGAUAGAUCAAUACGGGUGUCCGGUAGAUGACAAGUUAAUAAGUCGAUUUAGAGGCUCAUGGAGUGAGACGGGUGUAUUUGAAACGCAAGUGUUCGCCUAUAUGAAAACAUUCAGAUUCACUGGAUCGCCAGCGCUGUACAUCGAGUGUGACGUCAGAAUGUGUCACGGGCGUUGUCCUAGUCAACCUUGUCACUGGAGAAAUGCGAAGAGUAUUUCAAAGCGACAAGCGGAGUUGACAGAUGGGAAGCUAAGCAGCAGCGUGUCAACGUCACCAUCGGCGCUCUCUCAAAACAUCAACCUAUUCCAGUCACUGAGGGUUCUGCAAGAAGGAGAAAACGCUGAUGACUCCAUCGCCCGGAAUCAAACAACAGUUGAACACUACAGCGACGACAACCCGAAUUCGAUUUGCAUCCGAUCAGGGCUCCUCGCAGCAUCUCUGGCUCUCGGCUCGACCAUGAUGUGCCUGCUGGGUCUAGUGCUCACCGUCAUGUGCUAUCGUGCGCGGCGACUCAAUAAAUGCCAGUCAGAUCCUCUACAACACCUCACCUCGCCGCCCCCAAGAUGUUUCUUCACGCACAAAGGUCGCAUCAACUGAGCUGGCCACCAGUCUUUGACUCUUCGACGCCGGAAGGAAACCCACUGCUCCAGUCUGCCCAGCGCCCGACUUUCACCAGUCGAGAAAAGUGUUUUGAUCUUUUACCUCUCGAUAGACACACGCAAGUGCCAUUAAUUUACAAUUCAAGAGGAAUUCGCCUUCGGAACGCACUAUAGAGGUUACAAAAGGCGGCCUUGUUCCUCGAAUUCCCAGGUCGGAGAAAUCCAUCUUGGUGGUGCCAAUGCACGGACGAUUUUUCGAAUUUUCUCAGUUAUUCAAAUAAGAAUGCCGUGUGAAAUUGGCAGUGCCACUUCGUAUCCGGAAAUCAGAAUUAUUAAGUAGCGUCGUGAAAAACCUAGAGACUAUUUUAUUGAAUGCCGUACGAAAAUUGUUUGGGUUCUUUUAUUCAGGUUGUAUUACUUACGACCUAGCAUUUCGUGAUUGAUCUGUACGAAAACCCUUAACACACGAUCUUAAAUUCAAAACUUACCGAUUGCGGUCUCAUUACAGCUCAUCGAUUGCUCACGAGAGAAUGAAGCGCCACCUGCUUAUCUCUGAUGAGGUGUGAAUGAUCAAAGCACGCUUUUUGAUGGCACUGUUUGGCAGACAUUGCACUCAGCUAGUUUCCUGUUCUCGUCAGAUACAUCCAGAGGCAAAUUCGUGAUCCGUCGAUUCUCUUUGAUUCAAAUACCCGCCAUGUUAGAAUACCUACCCCUGAAGAGCAAGCCAAGUGAAUACUUCUCCUUGAUUCAUACCAUGCCCGUUCAGUAUUUUUCUAUGGGUCUCAGGUGUCGUUCCUCUAAUCAUAACCACUGAAACUUUCUCAGCAGAAUAAAGCAUUUGACGGCAUCGUUUAUUUUUAACUCAUUGCAAUUGAGCCUUUAGGGCUUUUUUCGGAAAAAAUUAACAUCCGGCUACAGUUAGGUCCAACCGAAUUCGCUUAGAAAAAAGGGUACUUAGCCAAAAGUUUCCGUAAAUUCCCUUUAGGAGUUUCUGCAGUGUGGUCCGAUGACCUCGAAAAUCCGAUUAAUUUUUCAAAACUCAUCAUUGAGCGAGAAAUUGGUAAACUCUGAGGGUUCAUUUGAUUCUUAUAAAUAGCGACAAUUGAGUUUAAUCUUUGAAUAAACUGUAGUUUUGAAUAUCUAAGCAUUUUUCAUGCAGAUACCUAUAUUAAAUUGAAAUAAGUGAUGAAAAGUAAAUUGUAAGGCCUAGAUUAUCAAAUGCCAACUCGGCAAAAAUAAAAGGUCAUUCUCUUAACUUUGAUUUUGAUUUGGUACAACACAUCAUAGGUUUAUUGUACACGAAGCGGGUCCACACGAGGUUCCCUGCGCUUCGAAUUCCCUGAAAAUAUUCCGAAAUUUUUACUUUUUUCAACUUUGCCCGCAUGAGACGUGCUUGGAUAUUCAAAACUGGGGUGUUCCCACACAGUACCUUGACUCAAUUGUUGUCAUUUUUAUUCAGGAAAACUGAACUCUCUAAGUUCAACUCUCUCUCCGUAAAUAGUGAAUCUUUAAAAAUAUAUUCGAUUUUCCAGUUCAUCGGACCACAGUGCCAAAAGCUCUGAAGGGAUCAUAGAGACUUUAGGCUAUAAGUAAACACCUUUUUAUAUGCAGAAUCGAUUGGGCCUAAUUCCGGUCGUGCGUUAAUUUUUUCCCGUCAAAAUUCCUUGUUAACCAGCUACCACACCUCCGCGGACGUGCGCGUAGUACAGUGGUGCACUCUUUAGAGUAUGUGCGAGCAAAUGCACGCCUUUAGCCUCAAGUUUAAGUGCGCCUCUCAUCAGAUUGAGAGACACCUACCCAUCUAAUGGAAACUAGUAGAAAAAAUGGUUUCUAAAAUGCGCUAAAAAUAGGAGUUCAUUUAUUGCGAAAAAGACAGUCCACAUUACCACAAGGAAAUUCAGAGUUUCGAAUUCCCUUCCUGCCCUUGCCUCGGACGCCCGCGUCCUCCUCCCUCUACACUUUAAGGUUUUGGUUGCUGGAAAGAUGAAAGAUCUUUGCAAGCGACUUGGUGUGUACGUGUGAGGGUGUGUGUGUGUGUGUGAGUGUGAGGGUGAGGGUGUGUGUGUGUGAGGGUGAGGGUGUGUGUGUGUGUGUGAGGGUGGGUGUGUGUGUGUGUGAGGGUGUGUGUGUGUGUCUUUUUUUUGCCCCUUUCCCUUGGUCGAUAUUUUUCAUCAAGUUUAUCGAUGAUUCUGCAAAACUAGGGGCUUGUCAGAAAUUCUUCCUCUUAUUCAACCGUCUCGCUGGAUGGGACCCCCCUCCCCCUCACAUAAACCCUUGAGCAUGAUAUCAUGUACAUAUGAACUCAUGUCUCAGUGCUGUCCUGAUUUUCUUUUAGAGAACAUCAAUUUCAAGUGAUUUGGGAGUGUUUGUAUUAUUUCGUACGUGUAAACGAUGUUGAUCAUCCAUCAGCUAAUUUUUAUAAGUAUCCUUUCCAGUGAUUUGGAAUUUUCACCGAGAUGGGAAUGUUUUAUUUUGAUGAGAAUUUUUAAAUUCAACGGUAAUUUCACUCCUCUUUUUUCUGUCCCCUCUGAAAUAAUUAAGAGCUUUCUUCGGACGAGUAUGUUUGUGUACAACCUCUGGAAUUUGAUGAUUCUACUUGUUUAAUUUUUUGUACCAGUUGCGGAACCCUCUACACUUCUCUGACUCGAAUGGAUCUCAAAUUCUUAGGAUAAAUAUCCAUUAUUAUAUUUAAUUAUUAUUAUGUUUAUCUUAACUUGAUUCCUAAUUUUCAUGUAAAAUUUAUUACGACCCUAGAUUUAAGGAUGUACAUAAAACAUUUGAAAAAGAGAGCCGCUGAGUGAGAAAUAUUUCUGAGAGGUUACUUCUGUAUGAAAUUUAGUCAUGUAAAAACCAAAAUCACAUUUGGAAAUACUUUGGGCGAGUGCGGCUGUUGGAUUAGUGAUUGCACCGCACGAACUCCCCCAUUUUUUAUUCUGGAUGUAAGAGGUUUAUUUGAGAAACUAAUCUCGAGACAAAUCACACUCUUGAAAUCUUUUCAAUAUCUGAUAAGUAGUUCUUUUGGUUUCAGCCUCUUCACGGACUCCCCAAGUAGCAGUGAUUGCGAUAAAUAGCGAUUUUAUCGGUGGCAAUAUAUCGAGAUAUUAUCGCAUUAAAAAUUGCUAUAAAUGGCGAUUAAAUCGCCACACAUCGGAAUUUUUGGUUCGAUAAAAUCAUGAUCAAUUUUCAUCGAUAAAAUCGAGCUUAAAUCGACAUUUAUCGCGAUUUUUAUUUCAAAAAUAUCGUGAUAAAUACUCGGGCGAUAAAUUUGCGAUUGCGGGCGAUUUUAUAACGGUAAGAUCGAGGAUAAUCGCUGAUAAAAUUGCAAUACCUCCCUAUAUAGCGAUUUUUCCUUUGAGAAAUGCUACUUGGGUCGUCAGCACACACCAUGCUCUCAAAUUAGGUCCACUUCUGAGACGGAAUGAAUUUAGAACGUCGUCGGUACAUUUCGAGCUCCCAAUUUUCUUGAACUCUGUUUUGGUAGGUAGGAUCAAAAACACGAAACUUGUAUUGUAGAAUCGAAAAAAAAUAAAAUAAAACUGUAAAUGAACAGUUGGGAGUUGAAAAAGUUUUAACUCUAUCUCCGAUAUCUCUGAUCAUCCUUUAGUGCAUCGUUAAAAAUAAUGAUUUUUUGUUUCCACAUUGAAGAGAAGUAGGGUCAAUUGGCUCGUAUAUCCAGUCAAAUGCCCUUUGUAUCAGACACAAGUCAAGUAAUUUAGAGUCAAUUAGAGUCAUUUUUCAGUCCAUGAAAGUCAUGCAGAGUAAAUCAAAGCUAGAUGAAUUAAAGCAUCAGCUUAUUUAAUUCAAUAUCAUCUUCAAUGUGGGAAAGGAAUAAAUGUUACAGUCCGUUCAAGAUAAGAGGAACCGUGGGCAAUCGGCAUUAAUUGCACUAUUUUGCAAGAUGAAGCCGUUUGAACCCUCAUCAAAUGUCACCUCUCCGUGUUUUGCGCACGUUACACAGGAAGCUACAGGCCAGCACGGUCGACUCGUGGCCGUUUUCCCUGGGGCUUGAGCCCGGAGCAUUUAAUUCCUGGUGCUCGGCGCCAUGCGCCACGCCUAGUGACUCAUAAACAACCCUCCAUGCGAGGCGGGGUUGACUCGAUGACUUGAUCACCAAUGGUCGAGCAGCAACAUGCUUCAACGUAGUGCAAUUCAUUCAGAUUUUUCACGGUUCCUCCUAUCUUGAACAAAUUAUAGUAUUUAACAAAGUAAGAUGUCAGUGAGCAAACAUGGUUGAUCGUCUUUACAUGUACCAGAUAACUUUUUGAAAGUAAUAAAAAGAGGUCAGCAUCAGAUUAGAAUCAAGAAUCUAAUAGUUAUAUUGAAUUUAUGUCUGCUCAACAACGCCAAUGUUUAAAAUUGUUAAAAGCAGAUGUAACUUUACACGUACGGUGUCCUAAAAUGACCAAGACUGAUGCUGUAACUCAAGAGCCAAACAGCAGUAUUUGUUAGCCACCCUCUUAGCCAUAAUACUAGCUCGAUACAAUGUAAACGAGCCUCACAAGAAUGGGCAGUAAGCAUUGUGCUUAAAAUUCUUGAAAUGGUAACUCUUUUUCCCUUAAAUAAAAUUCUGAAAUCGGAACAGUUUCGAGAGCUUCAACCGGUCGAUCCGGUUCUCGGAGGCAGUCCGAUUUUAGUAUGUUAUUUAUGUGGAAUGAAUUACCAUUUCAAGCAUUUUAGUCAUUUUAACAUUAAUAACUAACUUUCUAAAUCACUCUCUAACAAUUGCUUUUUAAUUACAAUAUACAUGCCAUAUAAUAAUGUAUAAUACAUCUGUUUCACAUGGUGUUUAAUACUACAAAAAAGGACAAAGGCUUCCUAGGCUAUUUUAAGAGAAUAGGUUUAUUAUAGGUACCUAAUUUCAGCGAUGUAAUGCAUCAAUCAAAAGGUUUUUGAAUAGGUAUUAUUUUACAGAUAUCGAUGGUUAUUGGAUGAAUGUCAUAUAGGUACCUUACUCACUAUAGAGGAGAGGUCAGAAUGGAAUGUUAAAAGAAAACCGUCAGUGGUUGCCAUUUACGUCGUGUUCGAACUUCUAAAACACACAAUGAGUUCAUUUGUAUUCAAAUCAGUUCAUCUUGGGUCUCAAUCGACUGCCAAUUGUGUUUUCCUCCAGACGAUACAAAAUAUCAUCUCAAUAAAUUGCUUACUUUUGUAAAUACAGCACCAGUUCUGGUCAUUAUGGGGUAUUUUUAACGAUCCUAAAAUGACUUUAGUUGUAGUUAAGAAUUAUUUUAAGGCAUGUAGUGUUUAAUAUAUUUUCUAUUUUGAGAUCCCUUCGAAUCGGAGAACGAGUGUCUACGCUCCAACGUUUAGCGUAGGCAUAUUACUUCGUUGCCAAGAGUUUCACGUAAAUGAGUACACUUGCUUUUCAUUGAUUUCAUGCAUAAGUUAUAUCAGCGCGUUGUUCCUUACUCUGACUCAUGCUUCCUUUUUAUCUUGAAUUGUCUAUAAUUGAUGUUUUUCAAAUGUAAAUUAUGAUUGAGUUAUCGAAAUUGUUUUAUUCCAUUAAUAAAUGAGUUAACUACUUUGUA